ACUGAAGACCAUGCAGAAGUGCAGGAGCAGUGAGCAUCCAGCAGCAUCUGCAAAAUUUUCCAGCAUGGGCUGCUCCACUCUUCUUCGCCAUCCCGGCCUCACAUGAUGAUAGGUGCUGAUGUCACAAUUGGCCAAUGAGGCAUGAGGGGUGACUUCAAGUGCCCAGUACCUCCAGAACAGAGGAGACAGUGGCAGUACCAUCUCCAUCGUCAUCAACUUCACUGCCAGCUUGCUCAAUCAGCAGCAAGAUGUCAGAGGUGGAAAACACCUUCCGUAAAUUUGCAGUUUACGGUGACACAUCCGCGAGUGGCAAUGAAAUGACAGGGAAAAACUUCUCCAAGUUGUGCAAAGAAUGUGGAGUGAUGGACGGGAAAGCCGUCACCAGCACUGACAUCGACAUCGUGUUCAACAAAGUCAAGACCAAGGGUGCCCGCACCAUCACCUUUGCUGAGUUCCAAGAAGCCAUGAAGGAGAUGUGCAGAAAGCGCUUCAAGGGGAAAUCACCAGAGGAAGCACUGCAGGCUGUGUAUGGCCUCAUUGAGGGGAAGGAGCCCAGCAACACGGGUGCCACGAAAGCCACCAAGGCAGGUGGUGUUGAGAGACUGACAGACACUAGCAAAUACACAGGCAGCCACAAAGAGCGCUUUGAUGAAAGUGGCAAAGGAAAGGGCCUUGCCGGUCGCCAGGAUCUGGCUGACAACAGUGGCUACGUGGCAGGCUACAAGGGAGCUGGCACCUAUGACCAGAAGCACUAGAACUGAAACUGUUUAAGGAAACAAGGACUUCCCCCUAAAACAUGUGAAAAAGGCAAAUAAAUAUGCCAUGCAACCAUA